AUGUAAGGACAUGAAGAUAUUACGAAAGUUUAUACUUUUGAAAAGACUUUAGGAGAAGGUGCCUUUGGAGUUGUUAAGAGAGCAAAAAAGAAGUCUAAUGGAGAUAUGUAUGCUGUGAAAAUCAUCAAUAAAGACAACUUAUAAAAUGAAGACUUAUAAGCUUUGCAAACAGAAGUGGAAAUUUUGACUUAAAUUGACCAUCCAAAUGUAGUCAAACUCUAUGAAAUUUAUGAAGAUGACACCAAUUUUUAUAUGGUCUUGGAAUUGAUGACUGGGGGUGAACUUUUUGAAAGAAUAGUGGAAAAAGAUCACUUUAGUGAAAAAGAAGCUGCUGCCACACUGAGACCAAUCAUAGAUGCAUUGUCUUAUUGUCAUAAAAUGGGAAUUGCUCACAGAGAUCUCAAACCUGAAAAUCUUUUAUUUUCAAGCAAAGAACCAGGCGCCUUAUUGAAAGUAAGUGAUUUUGGACUGGCACGAUUUGUAACUAAUGAUGAAGUCAUGAUGACUCAAUGUGGUACACCAGGAUACGUGGCACCUGAAAUACUGUGUGGACACGGAUAUUCAGAAGCUAUUGACUUUUGGUCAGUUGGUGUAAUACUCUAUAUUAUGUUAUGUGGAUUUCCACCAUUUUAUGAUGAGGAUAAUGAUAAGCUUUUCAAAAUCAUCAAAACUGGGCAGUUCUCCUUCCCCUCUCCUUAUUGGGAUAGCAUCACCAAUGAAGCUAAAGACCUCAUUAAAGGUCUAUUAACAGUUGAUCCAGCAAAAAGAUUUGGAACUGAAAAAAUUUUGAAACAUCCUUGGUUAGUGAACAAUACAGUUAAAUCAAUUCCUAACAUUUAAAAUAAGAUGAAGGAGUUUUAUGGAAGCGCAACCAUGAAAAAAAUGGGUAACUUUGUUAAGCUAGCAUAAAGAUGGGGUAAAUUAUCAUAGAUUAAAAAGAAAUGAUUUAAUUAUAUCAUCAACAUAAUUAUCAAUAAUUUAAUAUA